CUCUCACCCAGAAGACAACAACCACAAACCUACAACUACGACAGACUCCUGAUAUCCCAAUCAAUCCUUGACCAGUUUCUUUCUUCCCUUCCAAUCCAACAACACUCGGGUCUUUUUCCUGCUCUUUCUCUUUCACACACAACACCCUCACGAUGUCUGUUGAAGUCACACCGUCCAAGCAGGCUGCUGCCGCCCUCGAUUCUUUCAAAAUGGAAUCCCCCGUCAAGAAGCUUAACUUCAACGCUGCCGACAAGGAGAACCAGCCCCUCGCUUCCGACGUUGCCACCGCAACCAAAAACACCGAUUAUCAGACCAAGCCCACCCAGGAGGUUACAAAGCAACAAGCAAAGCCCGCCGUUGCCCCCGGUAUCAAGGAACAAGAGCUCGACGAGCCUCUGCUCCAGGAGAAUGGCCAGCGCUUCGUCCUCUUCCCCAUUAAGUACCACGAGAUCUGGCAGAUGUACAAGAAGGCCGAGGCCUCUUUUUGGACAGCCGAGGAAAUUGAUCUGUCAAAGGAUCUCCAUGACUGGAACAACAAGAUCAACGAGGAUGAGAAGUACUUCAUCUCGCACAUUCUCGCCUUCUUCGCCGCCUCCGAUGGCAUCGUCAACGAGAACCUGGUCGAGCGCUUCAGCGGCGAAGUACAGGUUCCCGAGGCCCGAUGCUUUUACGGCUUCCAGAUCAUGAUGGAGAACAUUCACUCCGAGACCUAUUCCCUGCUCAUCGACACCUACAUCAAGGAGCCUGCUCAGCGCACGUACCUCUUCAACGCCAUUGACACCAUUCCCUGUAUUCGUAAGAAGGCCGACUGGGCUCUCAAGUGGAUUAACGAUGAGAAAUCUUCGUUCGCCCAGCGUCUGGUUGCUUUCGCCGCCGUUGAGGGUAUCUUCUUCAGCGGUGCCUUCGCGUCCAUCUUCUGGCUCAAGAAGCGUGGUCUCAUGCCCGGCCUGACCUUUUCCAACGAGCUCAUCUCUCGUGAUGAGGGACUCCACACCGACUUCGCCUGCCUGCUGUACUCCCAUCUCAAGAACCGCCCCAGCAAGCAGGUCAUUGAGGACAUAAUCGUCGAUGCGGUCAAGAUCGAGCAGGAGUUCCUGACUGAAGCCUUGCCUUGUGCCCUGCUUGGCAUGAACUCCAACUUGAUGAAGCAGUACAUCGAGUUCGUUGCCGACCGUCUUCUGGUUGCUCUUGGCAACGACAAGGUCUACAAGUCUUCCAAUCCCUUCGACUUCAUGGAGAACAUCUCCCUGGGCGGCAAGACCAACUUCUUUGAGAAGCGUGUUGCUGACUACCAGAAGGCCGGUGUCAUGAACAGCACCAAGAAGGCGCAAGAAGAGCCCACUGAGGGUAAGGGAGAGAACGGUGGUGACUUCGUGUUCGAUGAGGACUUUUAGAUCAUGAGCGCCCGAAGUUUCUGUCCUGUUCUUUCCCCUAUAUACCCCUUGUACAUUUGCAUACGCAUGGUGCUUUGCCAGCGCGUCUCUUUCACACUCCCAACCCCUCAAUCGCCCCUCAAGCUAGUUUGGGCUCAAGAGUUGUUUUGUUGUAUAUACGUGGCGUUGGCGGGGUAUCAUUCUACAGGGAGUUGGAUGCUCCCACAGGCUGGUCGAUUGGAUGACCAUGGAAAGUAGGACAUGGGACAUGAGAUGUCUUUGAUGGAUAAUGUUGUUCAGUAAACUUGAUUUUAGAGCAAUCGCAUGAUAUGAACUAGACAACCGCCCCCCCUCUUUUGGUUUGAUUUCUGAAUGUAGUUUGACAAACCACUUCAACUGAGUCUUUGAGACAGUAGAUGUUACCUUUGAUCAUCAAUCUAUGGUUUGUAUCCUAUGUGAUGUUUUAAGGCCGAUCCUCUGCUACUGAGUAGCAGACUAGUAGACCGCCUUAUGCCUAUUUCAUUAACUGAUGUUAACACACCUAACAUCCACACAUCAAUCGAUCGGGGCCCUCCUGUAGUGUAAAGGAUAUUUCAACUAUUCCUCUUUAGAGGUAAACUGCUUCUCCUCCCCCAAUGGCACAUCUAAGAGUCCCUAACAUAA